AACACCACAAGGCCUCCAAAAAGGCUUUAACUGGCAAGAAGAGGCCUUAGUGUAGCUGUGAAUAACUGAACCUCAGCGAGAUGUCUUCUCUAGGCAUGCACAUGUUAGCGAGCGCCUUGGCCCUACUGGGAUGGGUGGGAGCCCUCCUGUCCUGCAUCAUGCCAAUGUGGCGCGUGACAGCCUUCGUUGGAACCACCAUUGUAACCUCAGAGAUCAUGUGGGAGGGCAUUUGGAUGAGCUGCGUGAUCCAAAGCACAGGCCAAAUGCAGUGCAAACCGUACGAGUCCAUGCUCGCGCUAGGCACGGAUCUGCAGGCGGCUCGGGCCCUCACAGUGAUGGCGAUCCUUUUGGGAGCAGUGGGCCUUGUUUUAGCCUUCAUCGGAGGAAAGUGCACCAUCUUCAUGGACCGAUCCAAAAGAUCCAAAGCCAGGAUCGCCACAACAGCUGGUGUCACGUUGAUUGUCGCUGGAGUUCUCUGCCUGAUCCCCGUCUCCUGGUCGGCUGGCAUUGUGGUGAGUGCGUUUUACAACCCACAGAUGGCCGAUUCGCAGCGAAGGGAGAUCGGUGGUGCCAUUUAUGUUGGUUGGGGUGCAUCCAUUGUCCUCAUUUUGGGUGGAGGAAUGCUCUGCACCACUAUCUGCAAAGAAAAAACAGAAGACGACAGUGGCCGUUCAGUGAAGUACCUGAUCGUGCGCUCUUCACAGGCAGGGUCCAGCAGAGUGGGCUCCCAGAGGAUGCGUCCCAUCUCUGUGAGGUCAUUGCAGAGUGGCACUCCAUCUGUGAGGUCCCAGUGGAGUCAGAAAGCUCCUUUGAAUCAGGGCAGACCUCCUUCUCUGGGCUCCUACCAGAGCAGGCCGUCAACUACAAAGUCUCAGCUUGCCAGAGCCGAAUUGAUGUCAGAGUCUGAGUGGGACAAGGGGGUGUCGACUAAAUCCCAGCUGAUUGAUGAUGGUUUGGAUCAGACACUGGCUGCUUCUGAACUUAGUGAGACUGAAGAUGCUCCCAAGACAUACAUUUGAAUAAGGAGACUGAUAAAUUUGUGUUGAAUGAAGGACUUACAUGCACUUGGACAGUCAUAUAUCUGCCAUAACACUGUGAAUAUGAAGAAUGUCUGAUAAAAUGUAGAAUAUGUUAGUGGCUGAACCUUACUUUUAUAUAAAACCGAUAAAGAUCUCACUUAGUCAAUUCAGAUUUUUUCUUUUUUUGAGAAUUUAAGGCACUCGAAGUGCAUGUGAUCGAGAUGAAG